AUGGAUUGCCCUUCAAACAUCGUGCUAUUGCUGCUGCAAAUAAUUUUACGGCGGCAACAAAUUCUAGCACAUCGGGACAAGACACUUAAUCUGCAAGAGCUGCUAAUGGAACCCAUCAUCGAUAAUGACAUACUCACAGAAUUCAAGACGCACAAGUUGGUCCAAUUGUAUGGUCCCCAAUACUACCGUGACAUAUCCCUGAGAGGUCUCAAGACAAUGGUAACGGAUAUUUUUGCAGAAGAAAUCCCCAAAGCUGAGCAGUCAUCAGAAACAGACGAACCAACAACCGUGGUGACGCUGGCCAACCAUUAUUAUGCUCAAAGGAUCGACGAACUACAGAAGACAGAAAUACCUCAGUUGAAAGAGCUGUUGCUUAAGAAGCUGGAGGACGUAUAA